AUGUCUAACGAAGGGGACAGGCUGCCACGGUUUCUGUACGACCAGAUUCCGAGCGAGAUCACAAACUCGGGCGCCUUGAAUAGCAAAAUCAAGUCAUCCAAAGAUUCCCCGUAUUCUACUGCUAUACCCAGUAAACCUCCGAAGACGCAGAGUCGCACGCCCUCCUCGCUGACCCUCGAUACCUCUGUGAGUCGAGUUGCCGCCGCCAACAUUCCCGUCAAAGUUUCGAAGGACAUACAGUCGCUGGAGGUGCCCAGAACGGACAGCACGUCUGGAAACUCUCCUUUAUAUGGGAAUGUCAAUGAGAAGCUAUCGACCAUUUUAAGUGCGCCUGAGGAGCCUGAUGACAACGAGUUUACAUUCGAGAAGUUACAUCCGGAGCAGUCAUCGCUACGUGUUUCGAGGCGAAUUUCGCGCGGAUUUCACUCCAACACGUCCUCUGUGUCCUGGUCCGUGAAUAAUCCUGAAGAAUGGACUCUGGAGAACGUUGUUUUCUGGUUGGGCAGCAACGGUUUCAACGAGAGCUGGAUCUCUCUGUUCACUUCAGAAAGACUGAUCAAGCAGGAUUUCCUCAAAUUGCAGUCCUACAAUGAGCUCAAGAAGUACGUGCCGUUCUUGGUGGCAGACGAAAAUUCCACGCCUACUCGCUUUAUCCAGCUACUACGAAAAACCCUGGGCAAGAAUUCGGUGUCGAAACUGGAGGUUCCAAGUCCGUCGAUUUCGCUUGUUUCCGGGUCCUCAUUCGACUCUGCCCUGGAAGAUUCUAAUCCCCCAAGCAGGGAGGAGCAGGGCCACCAGACGAUAGGAGACAAACUGCAGCCGGUGGUGUCUGCUCCCACUUUGGCUGCAGACGACCUACAAAACAACGAUAUGUUUUCAGGGGACGAGGGCGAGUCUCAAAGACCGCGGCCAGUGUCGACCAUCGAGCCGUCGACCACUCAGUUAUAUCCCUCGUCGCCGUCGUUCCACUCCAAGGCUUUUUUCAAACGACACCAGAAAAGCAGCUCAUCCGAGUCGUCUUUCCUCUCGCCGGUAUUUGGCAACAAUCCCGCCGGCGUGCCUCCUGCUCCUGCUCCUGCUCCUUCUGCUCAGCAGCUAAACACUCCAGCGGUGGAGUCGUUUCAAAAGAAGCACGAGAGAACAGGCUCCAAGGGCUCUAUUUCCGACUCGAACACGCCGAAGAAUAUCUUCAACAAGUUUUUUGGCAAGUCCAAAGCAGAGUACGCUUUUCCAAAGAAGGAUUCUCCAGUGAGUCCUUCCUCUGCUAACGGUACCUUCAAGAAACCGCUAGACCGCAAAAUCACACACGAAAAGUCUUUCACGGUCUCGAAAAAUAAGCCGAGCGACCCAAAGUUCGAGAAACUCGGACCUGUGGGCAAAAAACCAUCACCGAUUGGAGUCACGAUCCCAGUGGUCACCAAGUCCACUUUACACUCAAAAGAAUCGUUCUCGUCUUCGACGUCGACACUGGCUCCACCUACAAAAAGCUCAUUUGUUCUGGAUCACAAGUUCAGACCUGUCCCGCGCAACAACCGCGAUGUGUUUGUUCUAGCAUCCCGCGACAACGUAACUUUCACGAGGGUCGACGUGAUGAACUGCUCACAUGUUGACGAGUUCAAACGCAGGAUUGCCGACGCAUUGAAUAUCAAGUUUCUUUUCAAAGCAGAAUUUGCACUCACAGGUUUCAACAGUGAUCCAGGACAGCCGCUAGAUGAUGAGACGAUAGACGAGCUUAUGAAACGUAAGUUUUUUGGCGAGACCAUGAAAAUCCUGGUCACUCAGAAGGGUCUUGAACGAUACGCAAGCACACUCUCUGCAUACUCUUCGCACUCGUUGACGAGUGACAACUCGCUAGACCGAAUCAACGAAACUCCCCAGUAUCUGCUUGAGGCAACUAAGAACGGUAGUGUCGACUAUGUGAAUUUUAAGGAGUACAUGCACCAAGAAAACAACAAAGUGGCGUUCGCCGAGCCGAAACGGUCGACAAGCUCAUCUCUCACAAGGGCUCGUUCCAUCACGACCACGUCGAACCCAGACUCUGCCACUUUUAGGGUGAUCCGUCCUGAAAAACGCGAGAUCGACUUCGACAAGAAACGCGAGUCGCCAUUUGUUCGUCGCGACAGUCUCGUGGCUCGCCGCAUAGCUCCUGCUCCGCCUGUCCAGGAGUCGUCACCAAGCUCUGUCACGUCACCGGCCAGCGCAAAAUACAGAAAACCACCUCCUCCGCUACCAGAAACACAAGGCGAGAAAAACACUAUUAUCAGAGCAAAAACUAUAAAGCGCAGUGGAACACAAAAAACUCUCUUUGACCCAUUCAAAGAAAAUACGGUCAGUUUCGAAAAUGCUCCAGAACUUGAGGAGAGCGACGAGACCUCGUCGCUGGACUCAGACGACGGGCUAUUUGCAAAGGCUCCGUCCAAAAACUCAAACCAGAGCCUCAAAAUGCCGACCAACAUCAGUUCUUCGUCCACCGACUCCUUGCUGGAAAUUCGUCCUCCUCCUGAGGUUCUGUAUGACAAUCUGGAAAUUUACUUCCCAAACACUGAUCUUGACAAGCUAAUUAUUGACGAGGUUGUGUCUCCGCCAAUUUCGCCGGUGGCAGAGGAAAAGGUGGCUGCGAAACCGGACUACUCUGGCUAUCUCAAGGCGCCUGAGCCGUCUGGAAAAAUCCACCGUAUGAAGAGCAUCCGUAUUGUCGCCCAGGAGGCAAAGAAAGAGGCCCAGAAAAAGCUCGGAAAUCAUCGUCCCUCCGGCAGCCUACUCAGACGUACAAGCACUAAGAUGUGGGGGCAGAAGGUGGUCGAGGUUACUCCCGGAAACCGUGCUAGCUACGUGAACAAGCUGAAGAACCACAAGGGCCAAUACAAAGAGUUUGCAUGGGUGAAGGGUGAGCUGAUUGGAGUCGGAACAUUUGGAAAAGUGUAUCUUGCAUUGAAUGUCACGACAGGAGAGAUGAUAGCCGUCAAACAGACAGUCAUUUCCAGCAAGUUCAGGUCCAGCAGAGAAACCAAAGAGAUCAUGGACACGUUCCGUGCGGAGGUGGAUUCUCUCAAGGACUUGGACCAUGUGAAUAUUGUGCAAUAUCUGGGUUUCGAAAAGAAAGAUAACGUCUACAGUUUGUUCCUAGAAUAUGUUUCUGGAGGCUCUGUUGGUCAUCUGAUCAGACGCUACGGCCGUUUUUCGGAAGACCUCAUCAAGUUCCUGACUGAGCAGGUGCUGCAGGGGUUGCAAUAUAUCCAUUCGAAGGGGAUUUUGCAUCGUGAUCUGAAGGCAGAUAACUUGUUACUGGAAAUGGACGGUAUUUGCAAAAUCAGUGAUUUCGGUAUCAGCAAGAAGGCCAAAGAUAUUUAUACCAACGAGUCAGCAAUGUCCUUCCAAGGAACCAUUUUCUGGAUGGCCCCAGAGAUCAUAGACAACACACAGCACAAAGGCUACAGUGCCAAGGUGGAUAUCUGGUCCCUGGGAUGUGUGGUGCUGGAAAUGUAUGCGGGGCAGCGGCCCUGGUCCGAUUUCGCUAUUGCAGGUGCCAUCUUUAAACUCGGAAACAAGAGUGCCCCUCCGAUUCCUGAAGAAACACGCAAGAUGAUGAGCGAUACAGGCUCUGCUUUUCUGGACCGGUGUUUUGAGACAGACCCUGAACAACGUCCUACAGCCACUGAACUUCUCAAACAUGAGUUCUGUGAGAAAGACGAAACAUUUGAUUUUGCAGAGACUGAGCUGGCGCGCAAAAUGAAACACGAGGAUACCAAGGAAGAGAAGAAAGCUGAUAUGAUGAUGCAAAGCAAGGCGGUGUAA